AGCACCGCUAACGCCGGAGCAUGGUAGUGUGAAAAUAUGCUUGUCGCGUAUAGUUCUGCUGCCUGGCGUUUCGCCGGCUUGGCAGUGCUGCUCACCCCGCAUUUUUGUGUCGUCGAAUGCGCAAACGUUUUGCGGCACAAGUUGAUGCUGGGCCAAGGUAAGAGCAAGUUGAAGACCGAGGCCGCAAAAAGAGCCCCCGGGGGCGUUUUCGACACGGAUGAAGCAUCAACGUUGUUGACCAAGACGUACGAGGACUUGAAUCCGGGAUUUAACAUCCCGGCACAAGAGCAAAAGGCACUGGAGGCGGUAGGGGGUUCGCCGAUUUACGGGGAAAUUCUACCGGAGUCGUUGGCGAAAGUUCUGGAGUACGUGAAGCCCACGAGAGACGAUGUCUUCUACGAUCUCGGGUCGGGAAUCGGGAAGACGGUGCUUCAAACCGCGCUCACCACACCCGUGAAGAAAGCAGUCGGUAUCGAAUUCGAAGCGACAAGACACAAAACGGCGCUCCAAGCACGCAAGGCAGUGCUGGGAACGCCGGCGGCGGCCGAUAGGGUGAUCGAGUUUGAGCAGAAGGACUUCGCGAAGGCGACCCUCGACGAUGCCACCAUCGCCUACUCAUGCGCAACCUGUUUCUCUACGGAAUUGCUGGGAAAGAUCUGCGAUUUGCUUCCACAAAAAAAGGUGCGCAUGUUUGUGGUUCUCAAGGAUCUCGGGGACGUGGAAAAUUGUACCCGAAAGUUCUGGAAAGCGCACGUCAUGCAGUUACCCAUGUCGUGGAGCCGAAAAUCCGGUGGAAGUUCGAUCUACUUCUACCAGCCGCAUGCGUGA